AUGGCCGAGUCGCAGGACAAGGCCCCCGUGGGCCAUCUUGAAGCGCCUACUCAUCAGCAGUCAAACGGCAGGUCUCUUGGCCUGGUCGGAACUUGCGUCCAGUACCUGAAGGACCGAGUGCCGACCCUGAAGCCGCCGAUGCGCAAGGCCCCGAAUCCAUUCCAAGCCUUACUACUAUUGAACCGACAGCAAUGGCUUUUCUUCUCGGUCGCGUUCUUGGGAUGGACCCUUGACGCGCUGGACUUCUUCACGGUCUCCCUAACUACAUCGCAGCUCGCAGCAGAAUUUGACAAAGAGAUCAGCGACAUCACCUGGGGAAUAACCCUGGUUCUUAUGCUCCGCAGUGUCGGCGCAAUCACCUUCGGAAUCGCCUCAGACCGUUGGGGCCGCAAGUGGCCCUUCAUCGUGAACAACCUGCUCUUCAUUGCGCUCGAAAUUGGAACCGGUUUCACACAAACCUACAAGCAGUUCCUUGCCGUCCGCGCGCUCUUCGGUAUUGCCAUGGGUGGUUUAUACGGGAACGCUGCUGCGACGGCCCUGGAAGACUGCCCUAAGGAGGCACGCGGUAUUAUUUCCGGACUGCUUCAACAGGGUUAUGCCUUUGGAUAUCUCCUGGCGACUGCGUUUGCGCGCGCGCUGGUUGAUACUACCUCCCACGGCUGGAGACCAUUUUACUGGUUUGCUGGAUGUCUACCUGUCUUGGCUAUCGCAUUCCGUCUCUGUCUCCCCGAGACGAAUGCCUAUCGCGAGCGCCAGGCGCUUCGAGCUGAACUGCCUGGAAAUGUAACCUCUACGUUCCUUUCUGAGGGCAAGGUCGCCUUGAAGAAACACUGGUUGCUUCUCGUUUACAUGGUUCUUCUCAUGGCUGGUUUCAACUUCAUGUCCCACGGAUCCCAAGAUCUCUACCCAACCCUAAUCGAGCGCCAAUUUGGCUUCUCCCGCGACGCUGUCACAGUAACCCAAGUCGUCGCCAAUCUAGGCGCCCUGACCGGUGGCACAAUCUGCGGCUGGGCCUCCCAAAUCUUCGGCCGCCGCUUCUCGAUUAUUAUAAUUAGCAUCGUCGGCGGUGCCCUUCUCUACCCCUACACCUUCAUCACAACCCACCGCAUCAUGGCGCCCGCCUACUUCGAGCAAUUCUGCGUCCAGGGCGCCUGGGGUGUCAUUCCCAUCCACCUGAUGGAGCUCUCACCGGGUUCAAUCCGCACAUUCACCGUCGGCACGGCGUACCAGCUUGGUAAUCUCGUUAGUUCGGCGAGUUCGACUAUCCAGUCGACUAUUGGCGAGCGGUUCCCGCUCCCGGAGACGGAGGAGGGCGAGGAGAGGUUUGAUUACGGUAAGGUGAUUUGUAUCUUCAUGGGGUGCGUCUUUGCGUACACGAUUAUUAUUACGUUCCUGGGGCCGGAGAACCUCGGGAGAGACUUCGAUGUUGAGCAUGAUGAGGAUGUUGGCGAGGUUAUUGCUGAUAGGGAUGUUGAGAAGGCUGCUGCUUCUGGUAGGGAGUGA